AAUAAAAAGAAGAAAUCAAGCAUUGAUCUUGAUAUCCUCAAUUUUAAAGUUUUCCUUUCAGGAGAAAUGAAGGUCGACGAGACUAAAUCUGGGAAGAAGAAAAAGGAAAAGAAGAAGAAACAUGCUGACGAGAACCCUACCCCCACCCCUGAACCUGAACUUGUUGAAGAAUCUAGGAAAUCAAAGGGAAAGAAGAAGAAAGAGAAACAUCUAGAAGAACCUGAACCUACUCCUCAGCCAAAAUCCAAGAAAUCUAAGAAGAAGGAAAACAACAAGGAGAACACAGAGAACACGGAGGACCAGGUGGAGGAGAAUAAGACGAACAAGAGAAAACUGGACGAAUCAAUGAAAGUAGAUGAACCUAGUUCUAAGAAAACUAAAUUUGAUUGGGAUGAAACUAUUACUAGUCUACUUAGCAAGGGAGAGGAAAUGAAUCUAAACAAGCUAAAGAAAAAGUGUGUCGCUGAAUUCUUCGCUCAGCGCGAGGGGACGCACAAAACUGUGGAGGAGGUGGGCGCCAAGUUUGAAAAGAAAAUUAAGAAGAUAAAAUGCAGGAUUCUCAACGAUAAAGUCAAGCUGAUCCAAGACGAGCAGGAGGAGCAGCAGUAUGAACAAGAGCAACCUCUUCCUGGUCAAUCUAAGG